GCAGUGCCGCAGCAAGACAGCCCGUCCAGUCUACCAGCAGUUCAGCAGCUGCUCAUAACAUCCCCAAGCUGAGCCCCUCUGACGGGACAUUUUGGACUUAUUUUCUGUAACUGUACGCCUUACAACCCGCAACCCGAGAGGAUUUCUUGUCGGUUCUGAGAAACGUUUACUGUCACAUACAAGUGGCACGGAAGCUGGCAGACGGAAGAUAACAGCCUGCUUCGCCCGGUGCCGGGAGCCUCUAGCCCGGGCCGUUGGGGACUGGUGGGGUUGGCUAGCUGGAAGGCUAGCACUAGCCGGGGAGAGUCUCUCAGACCAGCAUCCUUUAACGCUUCGCUGCGUUGACGCCAACUCAACAGGCCUGAAGAUGGAUUGAAACAUGAAGGGUGGAACCGUCCCAUCAUCAAAAUAGGAGGGCGUCUCUCUUAGGUUGUGCUCUGCAGCUUAACUGUGUGACUGAGCUGGGGGACAGAGAGGAAGAUGCCUCCCAGGCCGUCCUCAGGGGAGCUAUGGGGCAUCCACCUGAUGCCUCCCAGGAUCCUGGUGGACUGCCUGCUGCCCAAUGGGAUGAUUCUGACCCUGGAGUGCCUCCGCGAGGCCACGCUUAUCACCAUCAAACAUGAGCUGUUCAAGGAGGCCAGGAAAUAUCCCCUCCAUCACCUCCUACAGGAGGAGACGUCCUACAUCUUUGUCAGUGUUACACAGGAAGCAGAGCGGGAAGAGUUCUAUGAUGAGACCCGGAGGCUGUGUGACCUCCGACUCUUCCAGCCCUUCCUCAAGGUCAUUGAACCAGUUGGCAACAGAGAGGAAAAGAUCCUCAACAGAGAGAUUGGUUUCGCCAUUGGUAUGCCUGUGUGUGAGUUUGACCUUGUGAAGGACCCCGAGGUUCAGGACUUCAGGAGAAACAUCCUGAAUGUUUGUAAAGACUCUGUGGAGCUGAGAGAUGCCAGUGGGCCCCACAGCAGAGCGCUGUAUGUUUACCCACCCAAUGUGGAAUCCACACAGGAACUUCCCAAACACAUCUAUAGCAAACUCGACAAAGGUCAAAUUAUUGUUGUGAUUUGGGUGAUUGUGUCUCCAAACAAUGACAAACAAAAGUACACGCUGAAGAUCAACCAUGACUGUGUGCCUGAACAGGUGAUUGCAGAGGCCAUUCGUAAGAAGACACGCAGCAUGUUGCUGUCUCCAGAGCAGCUAAAGAUGUGUGUUCAAGAAUAUCAGGGUAAAUACAUCCUCAAAGUUUGUGGCUGUGAUGAGUACCUGCUGGAAAAGUACCCCAUAAGCCAGUAUAAGUAUAUCCGUAGUUGCAUCAUGCUGGGCAGGAUGCCUAACCUGAUGCUAAUGGCGAAGGACAGCCUAUACUCUCAGUUGCCAACAGACAACUUUGUCAUGCCAUCAUACUCUCGCCGCAUUUCCACGGCAACAUCCUAUAUGAAUGGCGAGGCAGCUGCCAAGUCGCUGUGGACUAUCAACGGAACGCUGCGAAUCCGGAUCCUGUGUGCCACCUAUGUUAACGUUAAUAUACGAGACAUAGACAAGAUAUAUGUGCGAACUGGCAUUUACCAUGGAGGUGAACAGAUGUGUGACAAUGUCAACACACAGAGAGUACCCUGCUCCAACCCCAGGUGGAAUGAGUGGCUCACGUAUGAUAUGUACAUCCCAGACAUACCUCGUGCUGCCAGACUCUGCCUCUCCAUUUGCUCUGUCAAGGGCAGGAAGGGAGCCAAAGAGGAGCACUGUCCGCUAGCUUGGGGUAAUAUCAACUUGUUUGACUACACUCACACUUUGGUGGCCAACAAAAUGGCUCUGAACCUCUGGCCUGUCCCUCACGGCCUUGAAGACCUCCUCAACCCCAUAGGAGUCACGGGAUCCAACCCUAAUAAGGAAACUCCAUGUCUGGAGCUGGAGUUUGACCACUUCAGUAGUUCAGUCAAAUAUCCAGAUAUGAAUGCAGUAGAGGAUCAUGCAAACUGGACCAUCUCAAGAGAACUGGGGUUCAACUACAACCUCUCUGGACAGAGCAACCGGUCGGCCAGAGAUCACGCCCUGACAGAGAGCGACACCGAGCAGAUGAGACAGCUGAGUAACAGAGACCCUCUUUCAGAAAUCACUGAGCAGGAGAAAGACUUCCUCUGGAGGCACAGACACUACUGCAUGAACAUCCCUGAGAUUCUUCCCAAGAUCCUUCUCGCUGUCAAAUGGAACUCCAGAGAUGAAGUAGCACAGAUGUACUGUCUGUUAAAGGAAUGGCCGUCUAUCCGUCCUGAGCAGGCCAUGGAGCUGUUGGACUGUAACUAUCCAGACCCCAUGGUCAGGCACUUUGCUGUACGCUGCCUUGAAAAAUACCUGACUGACGACAAACUCUCACAGUACCUCAUCCAGCUUGUACAGGUAUUAAAAUAUGAGCAGUAUCUUGACAAUCCCCUGGCCCGAUUCCUCCUCAAAAAGGCCCUGACCAAUCAAAGGAUAGGUCAUUUCUUCUUCUGGCAUCUCAAGUCAGAAAUGCACAAUAAAACAGUGAGCCAGAGGUUUGGGCUGCUGCUAGAGGCAUACUGCAGGGCGUGUGGCAUGUACCUCAAACACCUGAGCAGGCAGGUAGAGGCCAUGGAGAAGCUCAUUAACCUCACUGACAUCCUCAAACAGGAGAAGAAGGAUGAGACGCAGAAGGUCCAGAUGCGGUUUCUUGUGGACCAGAUGAAGAGACCAGACUACAUGGAUGCACUGCAAAACUACACCUCUCCUCUCAACCCUGCACACCAACUGGGAAACUUGAGGUUAGAUGAAUGCAGGAUCAUGUCAUCAGCGAAGAGGCCGUUGUGGUUGAACUGGGAGAACCCUGACAUCAUGUCCGAGCUGCUCUUUCAGAACAAUGAGAUCAUCUUCAAAAAUGGAGACGACCUGCGGCAGGAUAUGCUGACGUUGCAGAUUAUUAAAAUCAUGGAGAAUAUUUGGCAGAAUCAGGGACUGGACCUUCGGAUGCUUCCUUAUGGCUGUCUGUCAUUAGGAGACUGUGUGGGUCUCAUUGAAGUGGUUCGCAGCUCCCACACCAUCAUGCAGAUUCAGUGUAAAGGAGGCUUGAAAGGAGCCCUGCAGUUCAACUCAAACACUCUGCAUCAGUGGCUUAAGGAUAAGAACAAGGGCGAAAUGUAUGACAUGGCUGUGGAUCUGUUUACAAGAUCUUGCGCUGGCUACUGUGUAGCUACAUUUAUCCUCGGGAUAGGAGACAGACACAACAGCAACAUAAUGGUCAAAGAUGAUGGACAGUUGUUUCAUAUAGAUUUUGGCCAUUUUCUGGAUCAUAAGAAAAAGAAAUUUGGCUACAAAAGAGAGCGAGUGCCCUUUGUACUGACACAAGACUUCCUCAUCGUCAUCAGCAAGGGAUCCCAGGAGUGCGCAAAGACCAAAGAGUUUGAGAGGUUCCAGGAGAUGUGUUAUAAAGCCUACCUGGCCAUCCGUCAGCAUGCUAACCUCUUCAUCAACCUGUUCUCCAUGAUGCUGGGCUCUGGCAUGCCUGAGCUGCAGUCGUUUGAUGACAUUGCCUACAUUAGGAAGACACUGGCCUUGGAGAAAACUGAACAGGAGGCGUUGGACUACUUUAUGAAGCAGAUGAACGAUGCUCACCAUGGAGGAUGGACCACCAAGAUGGACUGGAUAUUCCACACAAUUAGACAGCAUGCACUUAACUGAUCUCCUGCAAACAAACAAAAAAACACCACCAGUCCCACCGUAAAGUAACAACUCAGCAAUGAUGGAAGUUUGCAGCAACACCAGUAGAAGCACCAUUUUUGUUUAUCCAAACGAGCACCCUGUUUUUCUGCACUUUCUUGCCAUAAUCAUCUGCCUCUUUCUGUGGUCUUGGUGAUGUCCUCCCUCCCACUGCUUGCUCUGGGGUCCACAAGAGAGCAGUGUCCUCAUGUUCCGGUGACGAUGUGUCCUACUUGGAUGAUGCUUGUAUCCUUGGCUACUAUACCUCCUCUGUUUUUUUUCCUCCACCAGGAACAAACUGGGAGGUAAUUUUGCCCCCUUACCUUGCUGCUCUUACUGGAAAAACACAAAUUGGACAAAACGGCGCGAAGAAGACACAUCUGCCAAUCCAUAAAUGUAGCCACAAAGUAAGUUUAACUUCUUGCCCUUCUGCUGUAUUACUUCUGCACUGUGGCUCCGUCCCAUAAAGGAGGUGCUCGGGAACCUUUUUAUUUUUGAUCUUAUCACUGCUGAGAAAAUUGGGAGCAGAAAAAACUGUCUAAAUGACCUAUUAUAAUACAGGUGUUACUCAAACGUGUUGCACAGUGCAGGAUUACUGGAGUAUGAGGGUCUCUGUGAUGACUACCACUGCACAGUCUUCCACCAUCUAUGUGGUGAAGUUGCCCUCCUGAGCUGAUCUUGUGUCAGCUUUCCCACCUUUUAACCCUUUUGUGAGGAAAUUUCGAAGCUCAAAAACUGCAGAAUAGUCCACGUGUUUUAUUUUGCACAGCUCCGCAGUCUCCCACGGCCUCAAUGAAAAAGCACUCCAACCCUUGGGAACAGUAGUUGGUGGCGCUGCUUUUGACUGUUGCAUAUAAUAUAAACUUCAGGGUGAUGAUGCCUCUCCAUCAGAAAAAAACAGCACUUAGAAAUACCAGAAUAAUAUACAGAUUUAUUAUGACUUUUCUGAAUUUAUUUAUGUAUCUAGUUUCUUUCAGUUUCUACACAGGCAAAACUCCACUCUCCAGAGACACGCCAUUGUUUGUGUAAAUAUAUCUGAAGUUUUUUGUAUUUGUGUUUACCGAUUUGCUUCCUUCUUCUGACUACCACGUGCCACAGCUUUCCUCCUUUCUUUGUCGAGUUCUGCUCAUAUUCAUGAAUUAUGACUGCUGAUGCCUUUUUCUCCUCCAUAACUUUUAAGUUUAACAUCUCAUUCGACCCUGUCAGUAAAAGCCCCAUUUGUUGUAUUGUGGCUUGUUUGCAGCCCUACUUGGAAUUUAUAACAAAACAUAAUUUUGGGAUGCAAAUUGGUAAGAAUGAAAGUGCCAGUGUCACAUUUUAUGUAGAAUGGGACCUAUUUUAAGCCUCAGGCUAUCUGUUUUGUUGGCAAGCAGAUGCCCAGGGGAAUGUCACGUCUUCCUGUUGAUAAAAUGCCUUGGCGUCACAGCACAACACCCCACAACACUGCACACUGCGAAGCCCUUCAGACUCUGCCUAAACAUGUAAUAAUGAGCAAAUCACGACAGCACUAUUAACAUAACAAGCAUGAGAAGCUAGAUUUGACCUUCGUUGUGUAUUUUUUUUUUUUUUUUUUAUCUCUACCCACAUAAGGUUGAUGGUCUUUAGCAGUUUGUGGUCUUUAGCAUGUUUCCCAGUAGAAUAUCUUUGUAAUGCCAAUUUAUGGCAGAUGUUUUUACCUAGAACACCUUUAACUGAGACCAUUACCCUGGCGGUUUUUAAGCCACGCUCUCUGUUGCCACGUUCUCAAGUUAGAUGCUUAUUUCAUAGAUUUUCCCCGACAGAAACAUUUGAUUUUCAACAAGUCACGUUGAAAAGGCAGUUAUAGCAUCGUUUUGUAAAUCAAGUGAAACUCCUGAUAUAUACUGUAGUUAUGAGAAGGUUUUAAACAAAUGCUUCAAAUCUGAUUGGAUCCCUUAGAAGUGGGAAUGGUUUAGCCAAUACUGAGUGAUGUGAAACUGCAGAGAACUAUUGCCCCCCCCAGCUAUUCUUCAGACCUCUGACAUAGACUUUAUAUAUAUAGAUGGAUGACACAUGUCACUUACUCCCAAUGCACAAAAAUGAAGCCAAAAUAUCCCAGAUAUAGCCACUAGCAUCUUGCGCAGGCGGCAUCUUUUGGAGCCAGACUCUGCAGUAGUGAUCUCUUCGGUGGUAAAGUUCCCGUCCAAACACCUGUCCGACCAAUCGCUAGCGGCACCAUUGAAUGCGGACACACCGAAUGGCACACACAGCUGUCAGUCAUGUUGUCAAAUCCCCUUUUUAUAGCAUCAAGUAACUAAUAUUAACCAAACUUAUCAAAAAAAUCACAUCAGCGUGAUAAGACAUCUUUUAGUUCAACCCACAUCCUAUCUGUUACCAUGGAGGGGGCAGGGUUCGUGACUCAUACUGCAGCCAGCCACCAGGGAGCGAUCCAGGUGUUUUGGCUUCACUUUUGUGGAGCUGUCAUAUCAUCCAUCUUUAUAUAAAGUCUAUGACAUAUAGACAAAUAUUCAAACACACACCUUCUGUAUCACUUUGCUUGUUAUUAUGAGCCCCCUAGCUAAAUGUGAAUGUUGUAUAAAAUGACAGGCAGUUUAAACUAAUCCUGUCAAUAACAUUUUAUUGAAUCAAUACCUCUACUAAAUUUUAGUAUUAUUAUUUUACAGAAAGAGAAAAGGGACGAUUUUGAUUUUUUAAAAAACAAGGGAGUUUAAAAAAUAAAAAAAAAGGCAUAUAACAAGACAACAGCUAACACAGGGACCGGAUUACAGCUUGAUAAAUGCAUUUUUUGUUUUAUUGUUUCAGACCAUAGUCCCCUUGUGUUGUGAAAUUGGCAAUUUUCUCAAAAAUUAUUGUUAUAGAAAAUGUUUUUAAUCAGAUAACCCUGAGUCACAGUUAACCUAACGACUUUGUCAGCUGAAUUGAGAACUUCUCCUUUAGUGUGUUUUGCCGAGAAGAGAAUGCAUUAUUUUACAAGAAAAGGUGCCUCCAUGCAGCCGCCUGAUCCAACCCCCAAUGUAAAGACACUUGGAUGUGUGCAUAACUAAGUUAUUAUCUUAGUAACUGAAGUAUGAAAUUCAAUCUGUCAGCAGAAAAGGAAAACCUGCACAACUGUUGAUUGUAUUGAAAAGCCAAAGUUAUGGUCUGUUCUGAUGUGGCGCACAUGUGUGAUGUCAUAAUACUGCUGCAUUAAUGGCUAGAAUGUAUUUAACUGACAUGGACAUUAUGUGCACUCAUCUAUUCAAUGUUUUUGCAUCAGGUUAUGAGCAGAGAUUCUCUUCUUUUUUCUAAUGUGCCAAAUCAGGCAUCACUGAGGCCCGUGAAUGCUGAAAUUACAUCAUGCAGUAAGGCAUAUCAGUAACAGACGUGGAAAAAAAAAAGAAAAAACGUUGGGGUAUGCACUUAAAAAUUCUAGUUCUCAUUGCCUUUUUGUCCAGAAGGACGUGGAAAGUUAGCCUAGUAAGCAUGUUUCUCAAGCAGCAUAACCAGUAUGUAUGAUAUACAUUUUGAAGCAGCAUUAAGCAGUAUGUAUGUACAGUCACAGUCUUUUUCUAUGGUAGGCUUCAUGUGUGACAAACCUCUUAGUGUUGUUAUCUUUACUAUCCUUUCCCAUCUAUCCUCCAAACUGACUGCGUGAGUGUGUCUGUGUGCAUUGAUUGAUUUUUCUGUACAGGUUGCAGAGCUUCAUUGGCAGGCCCCAAUGAAAACCCACACUGUGUGUAUUUACAUGUCCAUGUGUCUGUGUGUGAUGACACUUAACUGUUGAAGUGGUGCUGUCUCUAAGUGUUUUGUAAGCCUGUUUUUUCCCCCCACUGGCUGGUCUGUGCCAGAGAAGGAAAAACAGAACAAAAAAGGAAGUUUUUUGCAUCAUUUGUAAGGAAACAUAAACGCGGGGGGGAUUUUUUUCAUACAUGAGUUGUAAAUGUUUUACUUGAAAUCAGGACCGCAGCUGUAUUUUGUUGGUUUGAAGUUGAGAUGGGGGGUAGUGCAGUGUCUGUUUAGUACUGACUUUGAGAGUGUGUGUAUAUUGUACUGUUGAAGCAUUGUGUACAGGCUGUUUGUUUGAUACUGGCAGUGAAUGUAUGUGAUGCCACAGUCCUACAUUUCAGUGAAGACGCAACUGAACUAUUGAAGGUUGUGCUUGAGUCCAAACUCCUAAGAUCAGGUGCGAACUACGAUAAAGUUUUUGUUUUUCAGACUUUAAUAAGAUUCAAUAAUCUUAUAUUUUCAUCAGUCUCAAAAUCAUAAGAAUUAUGUCCACUGAUGGUUCUCACAUCGUCUUAGAGCUUGUUUGUUUGUCUGAAAGCUCUCCUGGCACUAAAUGGGCGCAGGAAUAUCAAUACUGUUGCACUAGUUUUUCUUCCUUCAAGUAAGGACUUUGAUGGCGCCCAUGCACCAAAAUCUCAACAGUGAAAACACAGUCUCCUGCCGCCUGUUUAGAUCAACCAUCUGCAGGAGAUUGUGUAUCACAUAAUGAUACAUAAUCGUUGCACCUGCUGGAAAAAGAUGAAGUUGGAAAUUGUUGAUCUCAUUUUAUUUGUGCAGACAAAAUACUGAUACAUUUUCUGUGAAGUUAAACAGAGGAGGAAAAUCCUUUUUCUUUCCCCCUGCUAUUACAAUCAAAUGAUCUAAGCUAUGAUUCCAAGAUAAGAAACAGACAUAAUAACACAAACACCUAGAAAAUAUAACACACUUCAAUGCAAUAUCAAUGCAGUAAAUACUACUUUUGUGAAGCCUAUAUUGUUCUGAUAAGUCGUUAUACUCAGGUGUUUCUAUUAUUAUUCCUGUUUUUUUACGGGCCCUGAUAUUUAGUGAAUAAGGCCUCAGAUCUUCACCUGCUUUCUGUAAAGCGGGUUAAAAACAUUGUCAAACCCACAAUUAUUGCCAUUUGUUUGAACUGUGUUGUAAGACAGCCUUUGAAUGGGCUUUAAACAGAAUGAAUGUCCUGGGUUUCAAACAGUCAACAUCACUAAUCAUUGAGAUUAUUGAUUGCUUGUGAUCAUGUUUUUAAAGUGUCCUAAAUUCUCACUUUCAUAAGAAAUGUUGAAGAAAUGGUCUGUGGCUUCAUGUUCUUCUCUGUAUGCAGUGCUCCAAACUGCAUUAUAGUGUGCCGCUAAUAUAUUUCCAUAACAUACCAUGCUGUCAGAACCU